AACUCUGCGUGGAUAAAAAAAAAUACAAUUCAACAGUAAACUAAUUAUUAAGCAACAGUUCAAACAAAAUAUAUAUAUAACAAUAAACACGAUUAAAUAUAUCAACAAAUUUGUAUUAUAAACAUAAUUAAAAGAAAUCGACAGAAAGUAUCUUCUUAAUAAAAGGUCACAAUAAACAUAUGCGCAGAAAUGAGUCAAUGCGCGUGGAUUUAUGAUAUCUCAGAAAUGUCAUUAGGCGGAUCUGGUAAAAAUUUCAAACCUUAAGUCGUAAAACGUUGCGAACGUUUUUUUCGUAAACGGUCGCAGUCGAGCGUCAAAAAUGUUCCGACCUUUGCCAAUAAUUUUCGCGGUGACAAAGUAUUUUCGUUGAAAAAAACAAUUUUGAAAAUCCGAUCACGCUAAGUAAUUUUUCCAAAUGGCUUUUUACUUGUUCUAUUACACAAUGAGAUAACGUUAUUGCUUAUACACAUAAAAUCCUAUAAAAAUAAUAACUUAAUCGAUAUUAUACUUUUCCCGCCAUUUAUUCUCUAUUCAUAAUAAAAUUUCUGUUAUCAUAAACUAUGAACAUAUUAUUCUGUGACUUGCCUUACAACUAUUAUUUUGAAAACAGUAAUAUGAGAUAAUUUAAACAAUAAGAUUUCCAAAUUUAUUUAAUUAAAAAAAAAUCAUACUAUAAAUUUUGUUUAAUUAGUGAACAAUUAAACAAAAGUUAAAAAUUUUAAGUUAAUAAAAAUGAAUUCAUCAAUAUUCACUUCAAGUGAAUUGAUAGAUGCAAGUGAUGUUGUUGAUAUUUUAACUCGACUUCAGUUAUCGGUUUUUCCUCAAGAAUAUGUGGAACAAGUUUUAAGUAGUAACUAUAAUUAUUACCAAUUCCCCGAUUCUUAUGAAAUGGUUGUCAUGCCCGACAUUGAUUUUCCAGCCAUUAUGACUGAUGCUUGUGAAUUAUUAAGUUCUUCAUUUUUACAAGAACCAUCAAAGCAUGUAUUAUGGGAUAGGUUUAUCGAAGAAGAAAUUCAUCCAAAAUCUUUAAGUUGUUUGUUGAAUUGUUAUAUUCAAAAUGGCAUAAAGGAAUUAAAAGAGCCUUCUUACAGAAAAAAUGCUUUACUAGCUUCACGAUUAUUUUUUUUAGCAUCUUGUUUCAAAGGGAGUAAAAAUAUUGGGUUUUAUCAUAUAUGCUUAUUGACCAAAAGUUCUGAAUUGAUUCGUACUUGUAUUGCUAUGUUUCAUGGUUAUGGUCGUAUAUCAACCAAUGAGAAUUCAGAAUCUUCUGAAUUACAAGAAGAUGAAAAAUUAGAUUUGAUGACCAAUAUUUUAGCUAUUGUAAAAGAUUUAGAAAUUAUGGUUAAACGUUUCCAGUUUUUUGAUGAAGUAACUUCUUUGAGUUCAGUUAUAGAUAUUAUGGUAGAUGUCACACGUUUGGAAAGAACCACUGGAAGUAUAUUUGAACAUGUACCAACAAAUGAUUUAAGUUAUGGUACAUUAGCUUUUAAUGCAUAUACAGUUUUGAUUUCUAUGUUUAAUGACAAUUGUGGUUCUACUAUUAAUGUUGGUAAACAAAUGAUGCAUCUCAUUUUACCAGGACUAUUAGUUGAUGAACAAAGAGAAAUGCAAUUGACAACUAAGCAAUUUAAUGCUAUACGUGAUCAUCACUUAUCAUUUAUUAAAAAAAUAACAAAAAAAUUGGGGACAUUAUUUGAGCCUAUUCUAGAAAUAUUAUUACAACAUUUGUUACAUCGUGGACCAGAUCGUAGUGAACUAAAACCUAGGCAAUCUCAAAUUAUAUUAGAAGUAUGGAGAAUAUGUUCUAGUAAUGUACGUAUUAAAAUGAAAUAUUAUUUACUAUGUUUGGCUUAUGAUGUGGAUGCUAAAGUACGAGCUGUUGCACUGGAAACAUUGUUUAAACUGUUAUCUGAACCUGAAGAAACUGAAUCUGAAGAUCCAGAUCUAAAACAUUUAAUGCCUGCUACAAAACAUGAAUUUAUUUUAGCUGUUAUUUUAUCUAGAUUUCAAGAUCCUUUAUUGACAGUAAGGGCUAAAGCAUUUUCAUUAAUAGCCACAAUGACUGCUGGUCCACCUACUGCUUCUACUCAUCAAACCAAUCUAAUCAAAAAGGUGCUUGUUGAUCCCUAUCAUAAUGUUGAAAAUUUAGAUCAAACAUCGUUUUGUAAAAGAGAUUUUCAUGAGUUUUAUUAUUAUCUUAAAAAUAAUAUGGAGGAUUUUGAUUCUAAUAAUAUUAAAAAUUCUACUAUUUAUCCAGGAGCAAAAAUAUUGCUAUGGGUGUUAAAUGUUCAUGCUCGUGAUGAAAGAGCACAUAUCCGACGUUUGAGUUUGACACUUCUGUGUAAUUUAUUUCUUAUUAAUAAAAAAUUUAUGGAAAAAUUCUAUUUAUCAUUAUUGCUUGAUAGUUGUUCUGAUUGUUCAAUGACUAUAAGAAAGGUAGUUGUUACGGGGUUAACUGACUUAAUAUUAGCUUAUCCAGAAAAUGAAAAUGUACUUAAACAUUGGUUCAAAGGAUUAAUUCAUUUAGUGGGAGAUCGAGAUAAAAAAAUUCAAGAUUUAGCUGUUGAAUGUAUGGAUAAAGUUAUUUUGCAAAAUAUUAAACCCUAUUCAGCUAAAGUAAUUGAUAGUCAAAAUCCAUUAGAUAAUUUACCUUGGAAAAUUGUAGAUUAUGCUAUGAAUGAAAAAGUUGGCAAAUAUAUGUUGUGCUUAAGUGAAAAAUGGAAAAUGAAUGGGUUAUUGACAGAUUAUAAUGUUAAAACUAUUAUGUCUUAUGUAGGUUCUCCAAAUCACGAAUGGACUAUACAUUGUUUGUAUUUAUUACAGCUAAUAUCCCAUCAGUUGACCAUUACAAACAUGAAUCCUGUUGUGCGUUACUUUGAAGUUCAAUCUGAAAACUGGUUUUUCAAUAAUGCAGAUCCUGCUGAAUUAAACUGUUUGUUAACUGAUGCUCAAAUGACCUUAGAUAUAAUGUCAUUAAACCAUAAACGGUUGGAUAAAGAUACAAGGAAUAAUCUUUUAAAUAAAUUUGAAAAAUUAUUAUUUAAUUUUCUCGUGCCAACACGUUUAAUAUCUAAAUCACUUGAUAUUCUUACAGUCUUACUUAUGGACAAACCUGAGAAUUUAGAAAAAUUUAUGAAUGAUCUGUUCAAAAAAAUUUGUAAUUUUCUAGAAUCUUCCACACAUGUAGACAAUGAAGAAAUUUUUAUACGAUAUAUGUGUACUCUUGGUGAUAUUGGUCUAGCACAAUAUUUGAAAAUUAAUCGUAAAUUACAACAAUAUCUUCUAGCCUUUUUAAGAAAUACUGAAAAUUCUAUUUCUCCCGCAUUUAAAGCAAUUAUUGUUUUAACUAUUGGUAAAUUAAGUAUUGUUGAUGAACGAUUUGCUAAAGAAGCGAUAGUUGAGUUUGGAUUAAUCUUAAAAACUGCAUGUCAUCCAUCAAUCAAAAUCAAUGCACUAACAGCUUUAUCAGACUUAUGCUUGAGAUGUACAACAUUAGUAGAGCAAGCUAUACCAGAAAUGUGUGUCUGUUUAAAAGCUGAUAGUAUACCAGUAAAACGUGUUGCUCUUAAACUUCUUACAGGACUUAUACUUGAAGAUUAUAUUAAAUUAAGAGAUGUUGCUUUUUUUGCAUUACUUUGUAUGCUUGAAGAUCCAGACUGGCAAGUACGCCAAGAAACUUCCUCAUUUAUUGUCAACUACCUACUUAUUAAAAAUAAAGAUAUCAUGGAGAGAAAGCUAAUUGAAGUAAUUUUUCAUUUUAAUGGUUACACUGGAGAACGAGCUGGUGGUCUUGAAGAUUGUUUUACAAGCCCUGAACUAAGAGCAUUUUUUUCAAUGGAAGGAGAGUCAAAAAAAGCUUCUCGUCAUUGUGUUUAUAGAUUUAUGUUAACCCAUAUGUUGGAUGAUUCUAAACUUAAGCUUAUGGUUAAAAUUUGUAAAAAUAUAUUAGAAGAGGCAGCUCGUGAGACUAACGUAAAUGAAUUUAAUUCUGAAGAUGAUAAAGAACGAGCUACUCAAGUUUUAAAGGAUGCAUUUUGGAUUUUAAAAGCAAAAGAGAUGGCAUUAACUUCUGGAAGACCUCGUGAUAGUGGUAAUGAUGAUGAUCCUGGUACACUUGAAAAAGUAGCUGAUCUUGCCAAAAAGCAGCUAGUUAUGGAGACAUAUAAAAUGGUUAUUAUAGAUUAUGUUGUUCCUGCUGUAUUAAAAUUGAAAUAUGAAUUAGAUAAAAGUAAAAAGUUUCGACCAACAGUGAUGAAUGAUUUGCGAGCAUUCUUGUGUUGCUUAACUUCAGGAAGAUCUCCAAUUAAAAAUGAUGUUGUCAAAUUACUAUCUGCUGAUGGAGAUCUUGCUACAGAAGUUUUAUUUGAUGUAAAACAACAACAAAAACAACAAAAUGCUAAUGGGGAAAAUGUAGAAUUCGAGAAUGAGUCUGAAGAUGAAGAUGAUGAUGAACCAGAUUUAUUAAUACAAGAUUUGGAAUAUGUAACUUGGGCACAAAUAAUGGAUAUGCGUGAUAAAGCUGAAGAAUCUGGUAUAGAUCAAGCUGUACAACAUCAAUUAGCUGAAGAGUUACAACAACAAGUUUCUCAAAUAGUUGAAGAAAAUAAUUCAGAAGAAGCAGUUGUAGCUAAUGUAAGUCAUGUGACUGGAGAAGCAACUGGAUCAAUUAAUUUGAAAAGAAAAAUUUCAAGGAGUAGUAUAAACCAGUCUUGUAGGAAUACAAAAGAAGAAACUAAAUUACAUAAAAGCGAUUCCUCGAUAUUAAAUCAUGAUGCAUCAUUAAAGAAAACGGAUCCAGAAAAUAAUGAUUUACCUUUUUAUAAAAAAUGUUCAUGAAAAUGAUAAAAAAAAUUUUAGUGUAUAACAUCUUGAAAAUAAACCAUUUCAGUCUUAUUUUAGAAGAGAAAUCUAUGUAUUAUAUUGUUUUGUUCUAAAAAGUAUAUAUAAGUAUUUAAAAUUGAAUGUGUCUUUUUAUAAAUGUUUUAAAAAUAAAU